CUGCGUGUCAGCCUUCCUCUGUGCCCCGCCCGCUCCGUUCCACACAGGGUCGGUCCCGCGGCGCCCGCGAAACGGCAAUCAUGAGUGAUCGAAAGGCAGUCAUCAAGAAUGCGGACAUGUCCGAAGAGAUGCAGCAAGACGCUGUGGAGUGUGCUACUCAGGCCUUAGAGAAGUACAACAUUGAGAAGGACAUUGCUGCUCACAUAAAGAAGGAGUUUGACAAGAAAUACAAUCCCACUUGGCACUGCAUCGUGGGAAGGAACUUUGGCAGCUACGUGACUCACGAGACCAAGCACUUCAUCUACUUCUACCUCGGCCAAGUCGCUAUUCUUCUUUUCAAGUCUGGUUAGAACCAUGGACUGUUACUGAAACGUGCAUCCGGUUACAGGACUGUGUGCUGACUCCUCUGACUAGUUACUGCAGCCUUCCUGAGGACGCAGACCUUGAUCUUCAAGGGCAAUGGCAGGGAUUAUGCUAUAGCACAUGAUGUUACAUUGUGGAUAUAAAAAGGAAAAAUACCAAAAAAGUCUUCCUUGUAUUUAUUUUUUUUUUCGGAAGGCUGCUUCUUUGCUAGUAGAGCUGUUGGAGCAGUUUUGCCUUUGAGAGUUUUAUAGCCAUCUACAGUAUUGCCCAAUUACUGCUUGUGCUAUGUAAGUACUGACAGUGUUUAGUUCUUUGUGUUCCAAACCUCUCUUCUUCUUCUGAUUUGUUUUUCGGUAAUUUUUCCCCUCUUGCUUUGCUGGAUGUACUGCCCCAAAGCCUGAGCUGUUUCUUUUUCUGCUGAUGCCUCUUGGAGAACCGCUUUGGAAAAUAAAGGACGAGACCUAC